AAUCGCCUUUUACCGCUACCUCGUUGACUUGUUCAGCUUCGGAGUAUUUUCCGAUCCUAUGCACAUCGUGAUCGGCGUUUUUUUUAACGCCGAAAAUUAAAACUCAUUAUCAGUUUACACACCUAAUACGCGCAAAGCAUGGAUCAGAACGGCUCGGGUGAGAACGGCAGCAUGAAGGGGGGCUACUACAGGUCGCGGUCUCGGUCUCCGCUCGACCACAGCCCGGACCGCGGUCGGGACGGGGGGCGCCCCCGCCGGCGCUCCGACGUUCGCCCCGAGCGGCGCUCUCGCGCUCCGUCGGAUCGCAGGGUGUACGUGGCGAAUGUGCCCUUCGAUUGCAAGUGGACGGACAUCAAAGACCUGUUCCGCGACAAAGUUGGAGAUGUCUCCUAUGUGGAGCUGUUUGAAGAUGAGAACGGCAAAUUCCGCGGAUGCGGGAUUGUUGAGCUGAAGGACAAGUCCUCCGUGCCCAAGGCCAUUGAGGUUCUCCACCGGUACGAGAUGAAGGGGCGCUUCCUGGUCGUGAAAGAGGACUUUGACGUGGAGCGUGACCGGAUGGGACGUCCGGUCCCGCGUGGCGGCCGAUCCGGCGGCGGGGGAGAGCGCAUGUCCAUGAUGGACGACCGGGACUACCACCGGGACGGGCGGGGUCACUCGUCGGACGGCUACGGCCGCGGAGGUGGCGGUGGCGGCGGAGGUGGCGGAGGGGGCGGUGGAGGCUACAACACCUACGGACUCAGCCCCCAGUUCCUCGACUCCCUUGGCAUCGUGGGGCCGCUGUCCAACCGCAUCUUCGUCGCAAAUCUGGACUACAAGGUGACGAGCAAGAAGCUCCAGGAGAUCUUCCGGCUGGCCGGAAGAGUGAUCAAUGUGGACCUGCGGACGGACAAGGACGGCAACAGCAAGGGUCACGGCAUCGUCGAGUUCGAUCACCCCAUCGAGGCUGUGCAGGCCAUCUCCAUGUUCAAUGGGCAGAAACUCUACAGCCGCUCCAUGAGCGUUCGCAUGGACAAGUACAACGAGGACCUGGACGGAAGCUUGCCGUCGAAGCUGCCUAAUGGACUGCAGAGUGUUGGCAAAGGCCUCGGUGCUGGAGGCAACCCUCUGAACAUGAGCGCGGCGGCGAUGGCAUCGAUGGGCCUGACCCCACCGGCGGCCGGCAUGGGCCUGGGCAGUGGGGGCGCAAACCCGGUGGCAGCGUCCCUGGGCCUCGGCGGCAUCGGCAGCGGCCUGGGGGGCAGCCUGGGCAGCGGCAUGGGAGGGGGAGGUCUGGGCGGCGGCCUGGGGGGCUUGGGAGGGGGCAUGGGGGGGCUGGGGGGCAUGGGCUCGACGGGCAUGGGGCUCUCGGAGCGCUCCCUGCUGGGCUCUGGGUCGGGGAGUCUGAUGGGCGGCGGGGGCCUGGGCUCCCCCACGGGGCUCCUGGGGGGGCUCUCGGGGGGACUGGGCGGAGGGGGAGGGAUGGGGGGCGGUUUGGGAGGGGGUCUGGGUGGGGGCUUAGGAGGAGGCCUGGGCGGGGGAGGGGGCAGCCUGGACUACGACCGACACCUGGGUGGAGGGGACAGCUACGGACGGUCGCCGCGGUCGUCCGACGCCAUCAUCGUGCAGAACCUUCCGAUGAACUACACAUGGCAGAACCUGCGGGACCGCUUCAGGGACGUCGGCACCGUGCGCUACACCGACGUCAAGGGACGCGGCACGGCGGUGGUCCGCUUCAACUCGGAGCGGGAUGCCCAGAGGGCCGUCGACAUGAUGAACGGCAUCCGCAUCGAGAACCGCCAGAUCGAGGUCCGGCUCUACUGAUCCUUUCCCUCUCGCCCUCGGGCCGUCUUCACCAUCCUCCUCGCCACCUUCCGGUCCCGUCACUCCACCUCCCGGGUUGCCGUCACGCGACCGGUUCCAUCGUUGUCGUGCAGCGGACCGCUCGUUCGCCUCACUGUGGAUGCACACGGUUCUUUUCUGUCUUACGUGAUUUGCUUUUCUCGGGGAUUUGCUGCGUCCUUUUUUUAUCGACGUUAUUUUUGCACCUGUCCAAAGAGUCCCGUCCAAUUGGGUGGUGUCCAUUCUGCAUCGGGGAUUUCCGGUUUUGAUUCAACGCACUUGGGUUUUCUUGCUUUUUUUUUUUUUUGUAUCGCGCGGUUUGGGAUGAUUCACAGGUUUUCUGGUUUGUACCAGUCUGUUUUAAUUGACCGCUAAAUCUUUUUGUUUUAAAGGUUUUUUUUUGGGGGGGGGGGGGGGGGGGGGGUUGCGCUGCCUGGACAUUCAAAUUGACAUUGGCCUUAGCUGUUUUUUCUCGUUUAAGAGGUCCUAGACUCAUUUUUAUUUUUUCAUCAAAGCCAAAGCAAACGUUCUCUUCGGGUCAUUCUUUCAAAACACGUCAUCCACGACUCCGGGCAAAUCCGAGGCGUAAAUGUUCCCGACUUCACUUGUCUCGAGAUAGAAGUAACCGUCAUCGUCUGUCGUAGGCUUAGCGUAAGCCUUGUUUGCAGAUUGCUUUCAUUUCUUUUUUUCUUUCCUUCGUAGUGACACUUUUGUACGUUGUCCGAAGACGCUGCUUUCCGUCUCGCCACAUUUCCACGCUGUCGGAGGCGACGAAGCAACGUUUUCUGCGCGCUUGUGUGUUUUCUUUUUCCCCGGACCAAGAGGAAGCUGUGGAUUCUGGAGCCAGCCUCUCCACUGCAGUCGAAAGAGGAAGGGACGGACACAGACCCGUGCGAAGAAGCUCCGUUUCUCGAGAUAAAGAACGGCCCGUCUCUUGUUAGUCGUAGAAUAAAGCUUCCCUGGUCCUCUCCUGUC